CACUGGAAAAAAGUUUUUCUAUUGCUUUUAUAAAAUAACUUUCCCGAGAAAAAAACGCAAAACUCUUUGUAUGGCACUGAUUAAAAGAGAGAUUCUUACCAGUCGCAAAAUCUUGUCCACGAAGUCUUGCACGCGUAACCAGUUCUUGUUUGCAAAAAGAUGCUUUGCAAAAUACGGAUUUUUCACGCUUAAAAUGUCAGCUUAAGCGAAGAAAAAUUGACUCGCCUUCUUUGUAACGAUUUUCCUUGUUUCAGGCGACGAAGGAAUGGGGAAAUAAAGUAAACUUGUCGAGUUUUGAACUCGAAAACUUUUUCAAAUUCGUGCUUGCGUGAUUAGCGCGCGAAAAGCCAAACAACUUGACGCCACAACCAUGUUUACAUACUCUGAUGCAAACACUCCUCUCGGCCAAUCAGAGCGCGCGUACUAUCUUAGUUAUUUUAUAAACCAAAACAUUAACCACACCGAGUUUGCCUUGCACUUAUUCUCUGGCCUGGUCAGCAAACCCUAACGUAACCACCUUGAAAAAAUAAAUUUUAGUCUCAAAGUCUCAGAUUCUAGUUUUGUAGCUUUCCACUGUAUCACACAAUCUUCAUCAGCAAUAAACGCUCAGUUUUGUAACGUAAAACAGAGAUGGGAGGUAUGAACUUCCCGUGAUUUUUAAUCAUUUGUUGUCACGUGACUAAUUCACGUGUCUUGAACUAACAGUAUAUUACUGAUGAGGACUGUGCGAAAGCUGCAAGACUAAAAUCUGAGACUUUGAGGCUAGAAUUUAUUUUUUUCAAGUUUGAUUACCAAGGUCUAAGAAAAAGAAUUCAUGGAAUUAUAUCCAGCUUGGCUAUAAAAACUGCUUCUAUUUGGCUCGUUAGUAGAGUAGGAGGUGUAGUCAGGAAUUACUUGUGUUAGUAAGAGCUGUAGAAGUGAAAAAAGAAUAAAGACGAAAAUGUGAAGUCUGAGGCUCUCGGUACCUUCUUGUGUACUGAGCGACUUGCUCGAACACCCCGCAGUAUUAAAUGACUUAUUUUUUACAGCAACACCAAGAGAACGAGUGUCCAGCUUAUCCCGUUUUGUGUGACAAAUGCAACAAGGAGGGAAUUCCUCGGGGAAAGGUAAGUUUUCUUAAAAUCAUUUAGCAUCCUAGGGGACAUUUCUUAACAACAACAACAACAAAAAAACCGCCAGUGCACUCCUCCUCCUCCUCCCUUUGUUUUUCCCGUCAGUGCAAGCAUGCUUAACCACCACAGAGACUGACUGAAGAACGGACUAACACCAUCAAGUCUCACCUUAAUGACAUUGAACAGUGCUUCUAAUAGUUCUGUUUGUUUGUUUGUUUUUUUUCUUGAACUUUUUGCUUUUUUGAUCACUUAGAGAGUUUCAACAGUUGCCUUGUACUUAAUUUUCUUAUCAGGCACAAAAUUUCUGCGGGGUGUUAUAGUGUAUCCGUACAUUUGUUAUAGGGUCAAUAAUUCAUACUGAGCCCGCGGUAUAUAUGCGGUUACUGUAAAACCCAUGUGCUUCUUAAUUAAUACAGUUCUUAAGAUGAUCUGCCAUCUUGUGUGCAGUUGUCUUUUUUCUAGCUCUUUGUCCGAGAACAAAACACCGUGAACUACGUUUAGUUAGGCACGUUAAGAGCUGACUCUCAUCAGAUCUCUAGACAAGUCUCUAGAAGGUGGUCAUACGUUUUUUUUGUCUGUUUUGAUUGACUCCUUUUUAUGUUUAUUUCAGUUGUCAGAUCAUCAGGAUCCAGUUUUGGGAGACUGUGAUGCAGUACAGGGACCAUGUCCAUUCGCACAGAUUGGAUGCUCAAAAACUGAGGUAUGAAUGCGCAAAUGAAAAUUAAUUACUGCUGAGUGGUGUGAUCACUAAUUGACCCUAGGAACGAUUUAAUCACACCUAGCAUGAUCUCCUCAAUUUUUUGAAAAGCCUAGUCUAUGAUCCGGGCGUCGUGUUGAACACAAGACCUCCGCUUAGCAGAGCACCUUCUUCCAACUACGUUAACUAGGCGGUUAACUUUGGAAUCUAAUUUGAAAUCUCCCAACUGUCAUCAUGAUUUAACACCUGUCAGAAUGAACUAAGCGAAAACCAGUUAAUGAGGUGUAACACUUAUUUUGUUUUCAGUUACUCAACAAUAGACAGAAGAAAGAGCACCUGGAGAAAGAAGGCGCGCUUCACACCACUUUGUUACUUGAGUUUGGCCUAAGGAUGGGUCGAGAAGUGGAAGCAGCUUUGACUCGUGAUCCAAGUAUCCUGCCGAGAAGUCCGAAUAUCUUCACAAACCUUGACGGCAUCUUCGCUGACAUGCUCGCUCAGAUUCAAAGUAAUACAAAGAAAAACAAGUAUUUACAAGGAAAAAUACAAGAGCAGAGCGGACGAAUCGCCUCUCUGGAAAGAAAAAUAACUUCAGAAAAUUCCUUGACAGAAUGUCCAUCUCCUCAAGUGUCUGGUGAUUCAGCUGGCAGUGUUCCGAACGACGAGAUUACACGAAGGAUGAGCACCCUUGAGAGUAAAAUCGCUGAGCACGAUUCGCUUUUGGCGAAAAACGAGGGUGAGAUCAUGACGACUAACAGGCGGGUUGACUUUAGUGAGCACACACUGGCUGAUCGAACUGUCAGGUUGACCCAUUUAGAAGACGACGUUAAGCAGCUCACACUGGGCCUUACUGAUUCAGAGGCGCAUGAUGGUGUGUUGCUGUGGAAAAUACCCGAAUUUGCCCGCAGGAGGAACGAGGCAGUCAGCGGUAAACAAGUCUCUCUCUACAGCCCUUGCUUCUUCACCAGUCGCUAUGGAUACAAGAUGUGCGCCCGCAUUUAUUUGAACGGAGAUGGCAUGGGCCGAGGAACACACAUCUCUGUGUUCUUGGUGAUCAUGCGCGGUCAGUAUGACGCGUUGUUCCGCUGGCCUUUCAGACAGAAGGUCACGUUCAUGUUGAUCGAUCAAGAUAAUGUUGAACACGUGAUUGAUGCCUUCAGACCUGAUCCCAGUAGCUCUUCUUUUCAGAGACCGAGGAGAGAAACAAACAUUGCAAGUGGGUGUCCAAUGUUUCUCUCUCUGACCGAAUUAAAUAGUCACGCUUAUGUGCGAGAUGAUACCAUGUUCAUAAAGGUCAUAGUUGAUACGACUGACUUGUAG